AUGAGCCACUACCAGGUGCCGGUGGUGAUCGACAACGGCUCGGGGACCAUCAAGGCGGGCCUGGCUGGCUCUCGGGAGCCGCAGUUCGUGUACCCCAACAUAAUCGGCCGCCCCCCAAGCCGCCCCGCGGGGAGCGAGGGCGCGCGGGAACUCUACGUGGGCGACCAGGCGCAGGAGCUGAGAAACGCGCUGGCCAUCAGCUACCCUGUGGAGAGAGGCCUCAUUACUUCCUGGGGGGACAUGGAGAACAUGUGGAAGCAUAUGUAUGAUCAUAACCUGAAGCUAAAGCCCUCUGAUAGCCCAGUUAUGCUUACCGAGCCAGCCCUGAACCCUCUGGCCAACCGGCAGCAGAUCAUUGAAGUGUUUUUUGAGCACCUGAAUGUUCCUGCCUUCUACAUGUCUGUCCAGGGGGUGCUGGCACUCUUUGCUGCUGGCUUCACAACUGGCUUUGUGCUGAGUUCAGGUGCGGGGGUUACCCAGAGUAUCCCUAUCUUCGAGGGUUACUGUCUGCCCCAUGGGGUCCUGCAGCUAGAUUUGGCAGGCAAAGACCUCACCAACUUCCUUAUGAUGCUACUGAAGGACCAUGGCAUCAUGCUACUCAGUACUGCGGACAAAAGAAUACUUGCAGACAUUAAGGAGACCUGUUGUUAUGUGGCAGUGAACUACGAAGAGGAAAAGACUAAGAAAGCUGAUUCUCUAGAAAAAGUGUACCAGUUACCUGAUGGGAAAAUGGUCAAGCUUCAAGAAGAGCUCUUUCAUUGUCCAGAGGCCCUCUUCUCACCAAUGCUCCUGAAUCUCAGUGCUCCUGGCAUUGAUAAGAUGUGCGUCAACAGUAUAAUGAAGUGUGACUCAGACCUGAGGAGUUCCUUCUUCUCUAACAUCAUCCUCUCAGGGGGAUCAACCACUUUUCCUGGCUUAGACAAGCGGCUAGUUAAGGAGGUAGCAAAGUUGGCUCCUGCCAACACUCCUGUGCAGGUAAUAUCGCCCCCAGAAAGGAAAAUAUCUGUAUGGAUGGGAGGGUCUAUUGUUGCAUCUCUGUCAGCCUUCCAGGACAUGUGGAUCACUGCUGCAGAAUUUAAGGAAGUUGGACCCAACAUAGUCCACCAGAGAUGCUUCUGA